UUAAUGCGCAACAAGACAUGAUUGCAUAAUGGCCAUCCCGGCUGAAGGGAUUAUAUGUAGUUAUUGUCUGAAAAUCAUGCAAUAUGCCGUCAAUACUCACUUUUAUGUCCGGCUCUUGGGACUCCUACUUGUUACCGGACUGAGACGGACUGAUAGACAGACUGAUAGACAGACUGAUAUUAAGCAUGCUCGGACUCUCUUUCCUCAAUCCCGCUCCAUCGGCCGUGACUGAUUCACUUGAAACCCAUGUGAGCAUUCACUGACAUGUAUUCUGUCGGCCUCACUCACACUCAGUCUCGCCAUGGCGUCCUCUCCCUCUCCCUGUUCCCCUCUCCCUCGCUCUUCUCAUCGUCGUCAACGCUCCAUGAACGUUUUCAGGAAUCUCUGGGCAGCUGUCAUGGGCAAAUCUAAUCCUGCAGACCCUAGUCCCGCCACGGUGCUGAUUGUCGGCGCUGGCUCGACGGGUCUAGCGCUGGCUCAAGGAUUGAGAAAGUCCGGGAUCCCCUGCGUUGUCGUCGAGAAAUAUGAUUGCUUGGAUGCUCGUUCACGCGACUGGAAUAUGGGUCUGCAUUGGGGUGUAUCCUCCCUGAAAUCCCUCGUGCCCGACCAUCUGUGGGAUCGCAUUCAAUCCGUCCAGGUCGACCCCCAUGCGCCUACCGCCGACCACGAUUCGCUCAACUUCUACAAUGCCCAGUCGGGUGAUAUGAUGGCCUCGAUCCCCGUCCAGUAUUUCUAUCGUCUUCGUCGUCGCAAACUCCGCGGUCUGCUCGCAGAAGGUCUAGACAUUCGCUACGGGAAAGAGCUGCGCUUGAUCGAAUACUCCAAGGAUGGGAAGUUUGCCACGACAUGGUUCGAAGAUGGCACAUCGAUCACAUCGCAUCUGGUCGUUGGGACUGAUGGCGCUCAUUCGACCCUGCGACAGACGCUACUUGGUCCCGGCAAUGGCAGUACCCAACGUCUUCCGUACUGUGCAACCUUUGUCCAAGCACGAUACAGCGCUGACCGGGCUCGAUACUUGCGCAAAGUUCAUCCACUAUACCUAGCGGGCAUCAAUCCGGCUGGAUAUUUCUCUUUCUUCGGUAUGCACGACAUCCAAGAUCCGAACGACCCCUCGACAUGGACCUUUUUCUUCUACGUCUCAUGGCAUUCCCCGUUGGAGGAGCAGGAGCGGACGGCCAAUUGGACCAACGCACAGCGGUUGCAGCAAGUGAAGGAGCUGUCCCAGACUUUCACUGACCCGUGGAAAAGUGCGUUCGACUGGUUACCGGAUGACCACCAGGUCUGGUACAUGGGCUUGUCGGAUUUCGAUCCAGGCGCAAAGGAUCACCACUGGGACAACCAUGGUGGCCGCGUAACUAUGGCUGGUGAUGCGGCCCAUGCCAUGACCUACCAGCGCGGCCAGGGCCUGAACCAUUCCAUAACGGACGCUGCGAAGCUGGCAGAGGCCGUAAAGCAAUUUGCUUCCGGCAAAGCAGCCCAGGCAGAUGCCAUCUCAUCCUACGAGGAGGAGAUGAUCGCUCGUGCUGGCGGAGAAGUCCGUACCUCGACUGUCAACACGGCGAUGUUGCACAAUUGGGAAAAGGUCCAGCAGUCGCCGGUCAUGCAAUCGGGCAUGACACCGCAGCAGCAGCAGCAACCUCAACCACAGCAGGCAAUACGAGCUCAGUAAACGUGCCUGCCAUUUCUUUCUAUUUCCCGUAUCUUUUAAUGGUUCGACGUAUUUCUUUUCCUCGACUCGAAUACCCAUUCAUCGGUAUGGAGUUUGCAUGGUUUCAGCGGUAUCAUAUUAAUAUCUUAAUGUAUUCAGAUUGUCUAUAUUUGCGGGAGAUACCUCUCAAUCGAAUGAUAUUGUCUAUAUGGUACGACGG